AUGGAGCGAGGUUGCGUUGUGCUGCUUCUCGUGCUCUUGAUCUGCUCAAGUGUCCUUGCCUUAACUAGUGGCGUGGGGCUCCACUUCGAGCUCACCCAUGUCGACGCCAAGGGAGGCCGCUACACCACGACGGAACGCGCACGUCGCGCCGUCGAUCGCAGCCGGCGGCGGCUGGCGGCAUCCAUGUCGUCCGCCGGGCACAGCGACGUGCGCGCGCCUGUGCAGCGAGCGCAGGGCGAGUACUUCACGGAGUACCUCAUCGGCGACCCGCCGCAGCACGCGGAGGCCAUCGUCGACACCGGCAGCAACCUUGUCUGGACGCAGUGCACCGACUGCCUCGCCGUCGCCGACCGCUGUUUCAAGCAGCACCUUCCUCUCUACAACUACUCCGCGUCGCGCAGCGCCAAGCCCGUGCCGUGCACCGACGCGCUCUGCCAAGCCAACCCGUACGGGCACUUGUUCCUCACUGGUGGAGAAAGGAGCUUUACUCCCGGUUACCCCUAUAGUACUACCAAUCCGGAACUAAAAAUAGUGAUCUUUAGUCCCGCGUGA